AUGAGAUCGAGAAGUCGUUAUUCCUUCAGUAAUAAAACAGAGGGACUUAACAUAUUCACUGGUCAAAGUGGCGUACGGUAUAUAAUUUGCGAACAGUUAGGAACUGGAAGUGCAUCUACUGUAUUUCGUUGUUUCAAGUUAAAAGAACAUUUGGACAACCCUAUUGAACUAACAGAUGAAAAGUUUGCAGUUAAGGUUAUUGAUACUAAAUCUAUAUAUUUGGAUCCUAAUAGUGAAGAUAAGAAGAUGAGACUUCUUUCUGAGGCAAUGAUACUACAAAAGCUUAGGCAUCCCCAUAUUGUGAGUUUAGUAGAUUACGCAGAAUCAGGUGAUAAACUUUACUUAGUAAUGGAACUAAUAGAAGGUGGAGAAUUAUUUUACAAAAUUGUUGAAUGUGGUUCUUUAUCUGAAGAUAAUACAAGAUUUGUACUUAAACAAAUUAUAGAUGCACUAUACUAUAUGCAUAAUAAAGAUGUAAUACACAGAGAUCUAAAACCAGAAAAUAUUUUGAUAUACAAGACUUUACCAGGCCCAUAUUAUCAAAUAAAAGUUGCAGAUUUUGGUGUGGCAAAGUUUCUUAAACAUGGAUAUAUCCAAGCCAGAACAUUAGUUGGUACACCUCAGUAUUGGGCACCUGAAGUAUUAACUGCAGCCUCUUUUGGAGAUACAUAUGGGCCAGAAGUUGAUUUGUGGUCUUUAGGUGUACUAUUUUAUGUAAUGUUAGGUGGAGCUUUCCCCUUUGAUGAGAGAAAAGGACAUCUUGAAACCUUAAUUAGACAAGGUAACUAUCACUUUCGAUAUCCUCGCUUCCAGAAUGUAAGUAUCGAAGCUAAGAAUCUGAUUUGUAGACUUUUGACUGUUGAUCCAAAAGAACGUUUAACUUUAAAAGAGCUUAUGAAUAAUCCCUGGUUAUUAAAGGCUAAUCCAUCAGAACCAAUUAUUUCAACUCUUAACUUAGAUAAUUCGAAAAUUAAUGAACCUUCAAAUAUUUUAGAGUCAACUAAAAGUUAUAAUACACAUGCAACGGAUGUAGCAGAGUGUAUCACUAUAGCAGAUUCAUUAGGUAGUAAUGCAAUAGAUCCCUCAAGUUAUUUAAAUUUAGUUCAAGCAACUUCUAAUGGUAAGAUCAAUGAUUUAACAUCUGAAAAUAGUCAAAUUAUACCUUUUGUACCAAAAGUGGCUCCUCAAAGUGUAUCUCAUGCUAAAUUUCAUUUGGAAGGUGAGGCUUUGCCUCAAUCAACUACAUCUAACUCUUCUGAAAAUAUAAAUACACCAGGAAUAUCUUCAAAAACUUUAAUUACUCCUAGAACACCUAGUUUACCCUCUACAAUUAUGGAGAUCAAUGGACUUCUUGAUCUUCAAUUUAGUGUAGCUUAUAAGCUACAAGGAGUAUAUAUGGCAUUUAGACACAAUUCAACAAUAUGUAGAAUACUUCAACAACACAUUCAUAAAUGGAGAAUACUUCAACAACAAUCUUGUUUGGCUAUUGCACGAUUUAAACAAACAUGCGAAUCUGUUUUAGAUGAACUUCCUGAUUUUCUUUUAGCUGUGAAUAAUAAUGAGCCAAAACUGGCAAUUGCACUUCUAUCACAUGUUCGUCAAUGGGUAGCAACUACUGAAUCAGAUGUAGAAGAUAUACAAAAUGGUUAUAAUAAAUUUCUUUUAGAGCUAUCUGAGUUUGUUGAAUCUGUUAGGGAUAUGAAAAGAGUUUCAGAGACAUCUUUGGCUUUAGUAUAUAAAUCAUCUCAACAUGAAACACCUCAAACUAAUACGUUGAAAACAUGUGCAGAUGAUAGUCAAUCAUUAAUUACUGGAGACAAUGAAAAUAAUUCUGAGACAAAUCUUAUUAGUUUUAUCCCAGAUACAACGAUGUUUUUAGGAUAUAAUGUUGCACGAGAUAGAGUUCUAAGGCGUAUUGCUGAUUUGUUUUGUAAUUCUGAUCUAGAGACAAUCUUGGACCCUAUUUCUAACUGUACAGCUUCCAGGAUUCCAGAAUCAUCAAUUCCAUCAACAGCUGUACCAAAGAUAAUAUCAAGAUCAGAUUCCUCAAAUAAUAGUGUUGAAGAAUAUAAAGGUCACUCAAAUAAUAGCUUUUGUAUGUCUAACAAUGAUCAUGUGGGGUAUCAAGAAAUAAGCAAUGAUUACGAUGGAUAUUCUAGUUCUCAUAUAUCUUCUUUGUGGAAUAAUACACGAGAUUUACUACUUGAUUUCAUUUUUCUUCCUGUCAGUAUACGUCCAGUACCUCCUGGAAUUGAAUCUGUCCUUCAAGGUAGUUCUGACUCGGGAUGGUUUAAUUUAGUGAAUAAUUUAGGUAAUCAUCCUAUUAACGAUUCCUCGACAAGUCAAGACACAAAUAAAGUGGAUACAUCGGGGAUUUCUAGAAGAAGUUCUAAACAAUCAAGUUGUAUAGUUCAACAAGCACAAGGGCCUAAUUUGGAUGAGCAUGAAAUAACGGGGAACCAAUUAAAAGUAUCCUAUAUUUUAGUGCGCGUUCUAGCUCAACUCCGAAUGAUUGAAAAUGUAUUAGGACGAUGUGCUGCUUUUUGGGGAAAUAUGAAUAUUACAAUAGAAAAGAUUUUACAAUUACGUCAACAUGCUGAAAAGCUAUUAGGAUUUACAGAAAACCCUACUCUUAGAACUAGAUUUGAUGAGAGAGUUGCUAUUUAUCAAAAGUUUUGGCAAGAGUUACGUGAUAUUUGUGAAAAGUAUCUACAAUCUGCAGUUUCAAGGCAAACUCAAUUGGAGAACCAGGUUGCAGAAUUAAUGGAUACAGCAACUCGAGUUGACACUAUAAUUAGCCUUAGAGAUCCACAAUCUAAAAAAUAA